CUUUGAAACACAUGUUGUGUGUUGGUGUACCACAGAUUGCACGUGUUUCAGAAGCGCAUUUCUGAAAUCAUUCGUCGCUAUGGUUGCUGUUAAAUAAUUAUUUAAACGCGAGACAGUCAAAAGUAUUGUGCAGCUCAAAAGUUUCCUUUUGAAAGUCAAGUUUGGAAAGUGAAUAAUCGAAUAUGACGAAAGACAUUAUUAAAACAAUAGCUGAAGACGAAGAAGUGCAAGACUUCUCCGAUGAAACUGACGAAGAGGAGCUAUUUCAGCCAAGCAAACAGAAGAAGACGAAAAAAAUAGAUUUUGACCCAGACUUCAAGUUUGCGUCAAACGUGUCAGAUUACAAUAAUGACACCUGGCAGGAACAUUGGGCGAAGUACGUGAAAAGAAAAGCUACUAGCAAACUAGACGAGAAAAUCGCGGAGAAAAGGCGAAAGAUUAAAGACAAUGCGUCAAAGCGUAAAGAAGUUAAAAAUGAAGACGGAGAAAAUGUUGAUGAGGCCGAAGAUGCCAGUGAAGAUGAAGAGGAUGACUUACUUUCUGAUGAUGACUUUAAGAAUGAUACUAUUAGGGAAAAGGCUAAAAAGAUAAAAAAGAAAAAGAAUGAAGAGGAAGAGGACUUUUUCGAAGAUGCUCCAACCACAGAAGAGCACUCUUCUUUUUAUGAAAUGAAACUCUCUAGACAGUUGUUGAAGGCCAUAAAUGCGUUAAACUUUGUACAUCCGACCAAAAUCCAAGCGGCAGCCAUCCCAGUUGCCUUGUCAGGCAGGGAUAUUUGCGCUUGUGCAGCCACAGGUACAGGCAAAACAGCUGCAUUCAUGUUGCCGACCCUUGAGCGACUGUUGUUCAAGCCAAAUGGUGAAGCAGUGACCAGGGUACUGGUGCUUGUGCCCACAAGAGAACUGGGUGUCCAAGUGUUCCAGGUAGCCAAACAACUCGCUCAAUCCACCAAAAUUGAGAUUGCUUUAGCUGUUGGCGGUCUUGACAUCAAAAUUCAGGAAGCUGAGCUUCGUAAAAGUCCUGAUAUUGUCGUUGCAACCCCUGGAAGACUUAUUGAUCACUUGAAAAACACUCCUUCUUUUAGCUUGGAUAGCGUGGAAAUCUUGAUUUUAGAUGAGGCUGACAGGAUGUUGGACGAGUAUUUUGCUGAGCAGAUGAAAGAAAUUGUGCGUCAGUGCAGCCGCACUCGACAAACCAUGCUUUUCUCUGCCACCAUGACUGACGCUGUUGAAGAUUUGGCAGCUGUGUCUCUGAAUAAGCCUGUCAGGAUUUUUGUUGACAACAAUAAAGAAGUUGCUUUGAAUUUGAGACAGGAAUUUAUCAGAAUUCGAGAAGGACGAGAAGGCGACCGAGAACCAAUUUUGGCAGCCCUGAUUCUGAGAACUUUUCACUGUCACACAAUGGUUUUUGUGCAGACCAAGAAACAAGCGCACCGCCUCCACAUUUUGCUUGGUUUGAUGGGAGUCAAUUGUGGUGAAUUACACGGCAACAUGACACAACCCCAGCGUCUGGAGGCGCUCAAGAAGUUCAAGGAUGAAACACUGGAUGUACUUGUAGCAACCGACGUGGCUGCUCGAGGUCUCGACAUCAGAGGCGUGCAGACAGUUAUCAAUUUUGUCAUGCCAGCUACCUUAGAGCAUUACAUUCACAGAGUGGGCCGAACAGCACGAGCUGGGCGCUCAGGAGUGUCUGUUUCUCUGGCUGGUGAAUCUGAAAGGAAACUGGUAAAGGAGGUGAUCAAGAAGGCAAAGAACACUGUCAAAUCGAGAACUGUUCCGCCCAACAUCCUAGAAAAAUUCAGACAAAAGGUCAUAAGCAUUCAGCCUGAUAUUGAUGAGAUUCUGAAUGAAGAAUGGGCAGAGAAAUCCAUUGAGUUUGAGACAAACCGAGCCAAUCGCGCCGAGAAAUUCCUAAAGAAUGGCAAGAGUGAAAAAAAUACAACAACUAGAGAUUGGUUCCAAUCAAAGGAAGAAAGAAAAUUAGAGAAAAAGAGUCUACAGCUGGCGCCGAAAGUGCAAUCUGAAAAGAAGAAAAAGGGUGGCAAGAACCGUGACAUGGACGAUGAUGAUGCGCCAAAGAAAAAGAAAGGAAAGAAGAAAAAGGAAACCGGCAACGAUCGAGUUGAAAAAGAACUGCAAAAGGUGAUGCUGGUGCAGGCUCGCUUGGCCAAGAGGAGCCAGAAGAUGAAGAAGCUGAGUGCUGUUGAUGAUGCAAAUGGCAUUUUCAAGGGACAAGACAAAGGAAAUAAGAGGAGGAAAGGCUCAUCUUUUGCUGAUGAUCUUACUGACACAAGCCUGAAGAAUGUCAAGAAAGCUAGAUAUGAAGCCAAUCGAGCGCAAAAGAUGGAGAGCAGGAAGCCAAAGGGCUUUAAAGGUGGACAAAAAGGCGCUGGAAGAAAUAAGAAAUAGUGUUGAAAGAGUGGGUUAUGUAUGUAUUACAGGAGAGUCCAUUUUUGUUCCAUUUAUAUUAAAUCCAUUUUUAUGCCACUGAUGGGUAUUCUUCAAUAAAUUUGUGAAAUCUCGCAAAA